ACUGCAAGCCAGGCAGGGGGGAGAACUUCCUGCCUCUGCUCUCGUACCGCUUCUUUUCUUACGGUUAAACAUGAACCUAACGGGGAGAGAAGGAGACUUGGAGGCCGAACAUGAGCUCCAGUUCACGAGGGAAGGAUCCAGAGCUGCGGAGAGGAUGAGGAGCGAGCUUUCUAACUGUAACUGUGAAGUUUGAGGAGUUUUUGUGCUGCUCAGAGCCGCUUCAGAUCCUCACAAACCCCGAAAAAUACAGGAGAAAAGAUGAUUAACUGAGCGGAGAGACGCAGGGGAACAGGAGGAGCUCUGCAAAACUGAGGUAAAACUGAGUUACUGACAUUAGCACAGACACAGAUUACAGAUUAUUAUGAGUGUCAGACUGUGAUGUGUUCAUGAGGUUUGAUUUGGAGGAAACUGAGUUGACUAACAGUAAGUUCACAUUGUAAAGUGACAUAAAUCUACCGUGUCUUGAAUGUGUUCAAGAAGUAAAACUUUGAGUGCAUCAAACGGAUGUGACAACUGAUCCAGGUCUGUUAGAGUCAUUUUCCCUGUACCGUGAAUGCAUCACGAACAUGAAGUUUAGUGAGAUGAAAGCUGAGACUCAGAGGUUUGAACCCUCGGUGCUGCUGUGUUUUCUGACUCAGAGUGAAGCUUCUGAAAGUUUCUACAGACUGAUAAUGAUGAUGAUAAUGUCAGCUGAGAUCCUCCUGUUUGCUGCAUUAAAUCCUCAUCUCUUCUCCAGCUGGGGGGCACAGAGGGGGGGUGACAGGAGAAACAUUCAGGUUGUUGUGUCACUGCUGAUCUAAACUGCAGCUUUCCCCUAAGAAUGUUAAUGUGCUCACUGUAAUCUGCUUAAUCUCAGGUUUAUCACACUGUUUACACAGAAACAGUAUCAAGAUGGAAUUUGACAGCCUGGGCACAAAGCUCUAGAUUCCUGCACUCUUCUGGGUCUGUGAAAGCAGCAGACAGGGUACUGCAGCAGGUAACCUUUGACCUGUGGAUCAGACUGUUGUUUUACAGUGGUGCACAGAAAAGGGUUUAAAUCUGCUGAAAAAUGCAGUGGUAUUUAAGGGGUUUGAGCAGUUUUUCGGUCUGUGGUGUUGAAGGAGUGGGUGUGACAGUCGUGAUGUCGAAUGCAGUUUAAAGACUGAGUUAAGCAUUUUGCUUUUGUGAACCCUAAAGUGACCAUUUUCAGUAGAGAGGGUGGAUACAUGCGGCUGGUCGACAGGUCUCCAUGUAACAAUUCUGUCAGUCUGGGGUACCCCCUGUGUACAUCCUUCCCCCCUUUCUCUUCUCUUUGACAUUUAAAGGGAUAUUCCGGCGUACAAUUAAUUCAGGGUCAAACACACCGUAACACCGAGUUACGGUGAUGAAUGUUCAAGGAAGCUCAAGGAAGAACAUUUAUGGUCAUGUCUUCAUGGAAAUACAAUCAGAACGAGACACUAAGGCAGAAGAACUACUGCGUUUGCAGUGCAAAAUGAUUAAUAUGAUGAUUAUUACUUCAAGGAAAUGAUAAAGUAAUGAUCAUAAAUGUUCUUCCUUGAGCUGCGUCACCCCGCAGAAGUUUGUAAUGGACUGGCCUGAGGUCUCGCUACAAACAAGCAGCUGCCGGAAGAGAGAAGGUGAGUUGUGUUUAGUCUCUUUGCUAAAGUAAUUAGGCAAAGUUAAGAUGUUUGGUGACUAGUACUAUGGCUGGGACCCUAUAUGUAUUGUUCUGAGCAUUACUUGUGGCUAUAGAGUGGCUUUUUGGUUGAGGUUUGUUUAUGGCUCCUCAGACCGCUGUGUAUCGCUAUCAUGUGGUCAUUACUAAAGUUGGUAUGACUAGAGAAGCAAGCGGUCGGCAACAUUCAUCUCUCAAGGGGCUGUCUAACUCGGUGUUAUGGUGUGUUUAACCCUAAAUUAAUUUUACGCCGGAAUAUCCAUUUAAUGGGACCACAAUUUACCAAAUGAACAUCAUGCCGAGUUUUACUGAAGAAGACUUGAAAAUAGAGAUUGAGACCCUAAAUUUGUCAGGAGUAUGUUCACUGAGGGAAUAAAUCAACUGAUUUUAUCAUAGACCAUUAGGAAGACUUCUUGAUACAACAAGGGUGUUGCCCCUUGCUCGGCUGUGUCUUCUGUUUGUGGUGGGUAUGUGACAAGUCUUUGUAAACACCAAUAGCAUCAGUUCAUUAUCUGUGUAGCUGUGUUGAAAAGAGACCAUGCUUCAUUUUUUUACUUCCAAAAGCUCUAUUUUACUUUGGAUGAUAUAUUAUUAAACUAAAAAUAGAAUUUUUUUGACUGAAAUAGAAAGAAUCUGAGCUCUUCCACCACUUACAUUCUAUCACAUGCUGGCAAACUACUAGUAUGAACUCUGUUGUCAUGCUUACGCUGUCCCUUGGCUUUUCAGACAUACAGGUAUGCACACACCUGCCUCCUCUUACUCCUCUCCCUGCUCUCCUCUCUCCACCUGCGGCUGCAUGCUUAUCUGUAUACCACAGCAGAACAACAUGGUGAACAUUUAACCAUUAAAGACAUUAAACAAGUUAUAUGCAGAAGAUGGCAGAAUUUCAUUCAGUAUUGAUGAUCAUAUUUUCAUGAUCGUUGGGAGCCAUCAGUAUUAUUGCAGUUUAGAUUUUAAUCAGCUGCUCCCACUAACUGUAUGGUCAUUGUGCUUUCAUGCUCCCCUAUUGUGAGAUGUGUAUUGAAAAGGCUGCCUCUUUAGCUGCUGACAUAUUGAGCUGGUGCAGUCAAGGCAUGUGCAGAAGUGACCUGGCUAGUGGAGUCUAAAGACUGACGUCAAACCCUUUCUGUCCAUACAAUACAGUCACUGAGCAGCUGAGACAGAAGUUGAUCGAUGUAGAGCAGUAUUUUCUCAAACUUGGAUCCUAAGUGCUGCUGCAGACAAAGUUGUAUCUGCUGUCUCUCUGAACGUGGUUAAGUACUUUUUUCAGUUUUCUUUUCUUCAGUCAAAGAUAUAAUUCAACAUGAAUCUGCUGUGAAUUUUUUUUUUUUUAAAGCCAUGGUUUCAUGCUGUAACUCAUUUUGCCUGACUCCUCCCCUGCAGCAGUGGUUACAUCAUUAAAAAUUAUCAUAAAAAUGAUCACUGCAUCUGCUGAUGGUCUGACUUGCUUAUAUUAGUCACACAUUGACACCAGUAUUAAUUUUAGCCUGUUUCAUAACCUCCAAAAGAAGUCCUCAUUGGAGCUUUGAUGAAAGUUGGCCUUUAGAGAGCACAGAGGCUCUGACUGAGAAAAUCUGGGCUGACACUGAUUUAAAUGUUAAAGAUAAUAAUUUAUCCUAUGGCAGAUUUCAAUAUUGAUUUUUUUUAUAUGUAUCGCUGAUUUUUUUAAGUUAUUAUUUAUUCCCCAUCAGGUUCGGGGACCCAAAAUAAUCUGCAUUUAAAACACGUGAGUUGAACAGAGUGAACAUAUCAUGUCACUAUCUUUGAGUGAUCCCUAAUUCAAUCAUUUAAUCAAUUUAUAAACUAACCUUUAAGUUAACCUUCUUCAAAUGUAAACCGGAAAUCUUACUUCAGAAAAAGUUCUUCUUGACCCCAAAAGACUGAAGUUUAGUAGAUUUAGAUGUUGCUGCUCUUUUGAGUUACCUGUUAAAAAUCAAAAUUAUAAACAAGAAUCUAAAUCUUUUUUUGAUUCCUUUAUAUCAUGUUUUUUAUUACAUUUAUGUUUAUUUUUUUAUAUAAGAUAUGGCUAGUGGAGAUGAUACUCCAAGAUUUGGGUUGAGCUUUAAAUAUUUCCCACGCCUGGUCACCAAAGUCCCUGCCCUUGUUUGGCCACCCUAUUAAAAAAAAAGGUCUGGCACCACCACAAACACUCAGUGAGAAGACAUUUCCAGACCAACACAAACCUGAUGCCAACUGUCACCUGUGCUUGUUAGUAUCCAGAUAGCAGAGCUUUAUAUCAUUUUGACAGUAUGAUAUAAAAUGGAGCUAAUAUGAAGUGGAUGGCUGCAAUAUUUACAGAACCAACAUUACGAUUUAUUUCUUUAAGCAAUAUUUAUUGCUAAAUGUUGCAGAACAAUAAACCAUGUUUUAAUUUUACAUAUUUACAAUGAAAUUAACAGCUGUCUUUGUCAUUGUUUGUGACUUUAAAGUAUAUUUUCCUCCAAAAAAUCAAAGCUUAUUUCUCAGCCCUACCACACCUGCUUCAGCCCUUAACCUGUAAAUCUGACAAUCGGCCUGCAUGAUCUGAAAGAUAUGCAGUAUACAAUACCGUCUUUGAAUACUGUGAUUUUGAUCAGAAGUGUAGUCGAUCUAGAAAUAUUAGUAUCAUUAUCAGCAUAAUAACAUAUCAAUAUCACUUCUAUUGUCUGUCUACUGCUUUUCAUGUUUUAUAAACUACCAGCGUUUGCAAGAAUUUUUUUCUGAAACCAACAGCCAAAGACAUUGUUUUCUCAUCUCUAAAAUAUCAUAUGAAAAUAAAUAAUUAGUAAAUAAAAUAAAUUAUUAGUAAUUCAUUUAUCAAAAUUGCAACAUGAACAUUUGCAACAAACACACUGCUUAAGUCUUGAUUUUCACAACAUAUUUGGAAUGAUUACAAUUAUAAAAACAACAAUCUAUGUGACCAAACAGUAAUUUUGGUAAUGCUUGUGUGGGUGAUAAUUUUUGGUAGGUUCAGUUGACCUAAUCAGCACAUCACCAGGUGAUUCAUAUCUGUACAUUCCCCAGGAGGAGCCAUUGAGCAGUCAUGUGACUAUGAUUAAGCUAGCCACCUAUUAGCAUCUAUGCUAACAGUUAGUGUGCUGUGAAGAAGUCUGAUAGCCUGCAUAAAAGAUGAACAUUAAUCAGAUUUAUUCAAACAUUAGCCACCUGUAUCUCUGUGAAGGUUUUGUUUUAUCAAUAGGACCCACAAAAACCAGAGCUAAGCUAGCAGGGAGAAUAAGCGCUAACAUGUGAUAUCCAGUCAGCAGAGUGACUCAAUAAGGCUGCUCUGCUUGAACCAGCAGCAGUGAGUCUGUUCAUCUUAAUUCUGUGAGAAACUUCGUUUAAUUACUCAGUGUGAACAAUGAGUUAAAACACAUUUUAACUGAUGUACUUAUUAGAUUCGAGUUUGAUUUGAAGUCAUUUUCAAAAGAUCAAAUUUUUCUUAUUUUGUUUACUGACAGAGCGGCUUCUUCAGUGUAGAUGUGUUGCAGUUAGAUAUUCAUACGGUUCUAUGUGGAUUAUAUAGAAAACAGCCCCCCGCAGACACUCACUGUUAAACUCUGUUACAGUUUCCUGGGAUGGGGAAUGACAGUCAUAUCUCUCCUCUAAAAUGAUGUAAGCCAUGAUUUCAGCUUCAUGACGGAGGUUUGUCUCUGUUCUCUCAAAUCGCUGUUACUGUCCUAAAUGUUAAAUAUGUCCUCAGAAUCAGAGGGUUGUCUCGUGAUGACUCUGAGUUUGCUCUGUGAGGUCUGAGAGAGAGAGAGAGAGAGAGAGAGAGAGAGAGAGAGAGAGAGAGAGAGAGAGAGAGAGAGAGAGGGUUCAGAUUAGAGAGAGGGGCCCUCUGGGUUUGACUCACAGCCUGGAAAUUCCUGUCAGAGCUCCUCUGUGAUAUAAACACUCCUCUUCAUCUCUCUCUCUCUCUCUCUCUCUCUCUCUCUCUCUCUCUCUCUCUCUGUGUGCUCGGUCACUCUGACUCUAUGAGUAGUCCUAAAGGGACUCCGUCUGUGUUGGUAUGAGGUGACAGCCUUUCAGACAUAGUUGACCAGAGCAGAGGGAACAGGGAACUAUGAAGAUCAUCGUCCAUUGCAUGCCCAUCAUUCUUUGCGCUCCUCUCACAGCCUCACAGGUUACAGUGAAAAUAAUGUACACCAGUGUAAGUGACGAGGAACAGAGUCCUGACAUGUGGAAGUACUGCAGUUUUACUGGGUCAAGAAAUAAGAAGGAGCAAAGAUGAUGGAUAAACAAUAAUAAGCAUUUAGGGAUGGUUUUGAAACCAACUUCUGUUAAGGACCUGGUUUAGCUUUUUUAAAGCGUAGCUGACUGCAGACACAGCAGAGUCCUGUUAACUUGUUAACAGUUGAUCCUCAGUAAGCGCUCACCAAUGAAUAGUUGGUCUUCCACUUUCAUCUCAGUUGGUAUUUAAAAAAUAAGGGGAUGUCAUCAGCUAAAGUUGUUCUUUGUCUUAUCUGUCUUGCAAACUUUAACUCUACAAAGAAAGUCAACUGAUUUUUAGAGUUCGAUAUCUUAACUUGCAGUUAGACAUUAAUCCACAGAUGGGCAGUUAAACUCCUCUCGGGAUCUCAGCCACCAUCAAGUGAUCUCAUUUAUAUUGUCGAUGAUCUCACCAAAACGAAAAAUUUCCUCUUCACUGUAACUUGCUAAAUGCCGUAUCGUGUUACACUCAUGUAGUUGAAGAUGAGAUGGGAGUGGGUCUGAUCUUAAGAGAUGGGGCCUAAUCUUACCCCAUCUUCACAUUGGAUCUCUGUGAAGAUCUAGUCUAGGCCAGCCUUUUUUAUUAAGUGUCUUGGGAUAACACUUGUUAUACAUUGGCACUAUAUAAAUACACAUUAAUUGAUUGACCAAGCAGCAACCUCUGGUCAUGAGAAAUAAAGCCUAUGUGGAAGUGCUAAAAACCGCAGUUUCCCAAGUGUCCACUUAAGGCUGACCGCAGAAGCACCAGAAACCACAUACACACUAAUUCAGAAAAGCCAGUUAUAGAGCAAACAUAAACAUGUUUGAAGCCUGGAUCAAAAAGCAGAUUUGGUCUUAAGGCUCCCACAGCACCCACUGUAUAGGGAUGGACUUGAUUUAUAACACAUUUGUUUUAAAGUUAAGGCUACAAGAGGCAUGGCUGACUUGACUAACAGGAAGUCACUGCUGCUGCAGUACCCAAACUUUCCUCCUUUUCCACACAAAGAAGCUUUAGCAAUCACACCUAAACUUUGUUCCAAGUCCCAAAAAUUAAAAAUAUUAAACCAGUGAUGACAUCCGAGUUAUGAUCGACAGAAAACAGCCAAGUUAUUUAAGCAAACUAGGUGGUUACACCGGGCUGAGUUCAGUAAAACAACUUUUAAACAUACCGUUAUAGUGUUUAAAUGUAUCGUCAAGAAAUGAAAAUCAAAGUUUUAGGGAGAAACUUGAAUGACAGUUGUUGUGGGGGAGAUUUUUUUGUUUCAACAAUAUGAAAUAGCUAGAUCUAAUGUAAUUAUGACUUGUUUUAAUUCCAAAUAUGAGCUCUAUGGGGAGACAAAGACCAAAGUUACACAGAGCCCAGAGCAACAGAGAGCAUCUCACUCACCUUGGCUGGGUGGAGUUCACAUGCCUUUAUUUGUCUGAUUUUAAAUCAAAAAUUGUCCUAUUGUGACCUCGAUAUCAUGAUAUUUUGUAUCCUGAUAUUGUUACAUCCCUCAGACUCUGCUGCUAUUACUCACAUUGGAGAUCUUUUUUUAUUAAGUGUGGCUGUUUGAAGUAGGCCUACUUGGCAGCAGUAAGAGUAUUACACAGAGAGGAUCCUGGUCAGCUUAGCCCUUUUGUUGAAGAACCAGAGCAGGAUCUAGGCCAUCAACAACUGCAAACAGUGUCAGCUCUCCCUUGCAGUAUUGAUAGUUUUAAGACAGUCUAACCAAUCCUCUUGUUGAAUUAAUUCAUUUUGGUACCAUAUACAGAUGUAACACAGACAUUCCUUUAAGACACCGGAACAGGCAGGUAAGACGAAAGAAAUUGUUAAAAUGACGACUAAAGUUUUUGUAGGAUUACAGUAAGCGCCAUUAUAUGCAGUUAUAUGAUAUUUGCUGGAACAGUCUAUUACCAUCCAUUCUCUCCAUAUUUUUAGGAGUAGUGGUGGAGCUCUUUUCAGACACAUUUCAGACCACUGUCAGGUUUACAGAACAUUUUUGGUUGUAGUAGAUGUCGCUGUAUUAGUUGUCUUCCUUGAAAGAUGAACAGUUUACACUGAAAGUGACUAAUUUGUAAAUAUUUCCAGAGAUGGGUGUCCCCUUCCAGACUAAAUCUCUCCCUUGUCCUGUUACAGGAGAGAAGUUUUCCAACCUCAAAUAUGCCAUUUGGUACUAUUGUACUUUUUCCAAACCAUUGAGCCCAACAAUCUUAUUUUUCCUGUUUUCAUUUAGUGUUAUUUCAUGUGGAUGCAUACUUUUAAAUGAUUAGAGAGGUUCUUGUUCUAUAAUUAGUGUAUUAUGUUCAUUAUCUUUGAGAGUAAACUGUGAAUUGAGUGAAUAAUCACCUAACUAUUAAGAUCAUUUUGUUUUUGUCAACUUAGAAUUAGCCUUUUAAAUCUACAUUGGAGCGAGGCCCCUUCCAUGGGUGCUGCUAUCCUGCACCGCCAUGUUGCUACAGUAACACAGAAUAGACAAACAUGUGAAUGGCCGUCUGGAAUGGACCUGGUGGAAAACAAGGAAAAAGGGAGUUGUUGCUGUUGUGCGCAAAAGAGUUUGCAUAGAUCAGAUGUUUUUGAUGGUAUAAAAACUGGAUUCCUAAAACUGUUGCUUCAUUGAUGACAGGGGUGAGCAAGGGAGUGGUUGAAUCUAGGAUGUGACUGCUAAAUAUUGAUAAAUGUUCCUUUUCCUACACACAGUACCUUAAACAAUUUUUUAAGAGGUUUAGGCUUUUAAGCAAAAGUAUCAGCAGCUAUAUUUAGAAAGACACUCUGAUUCAUGCUGGGCCUCUUGUCGCUGUAAGUAUGAAAGCUAUAAUAUUCUAAAACUAUGACAUAUCCAAAUAUGUAUUCUAUGUCAUAAAUUAAUCAGAAAUCCAUCCAGAGCAUUUAAAUAUAAAUACUGCUACCAUGUGUAAUAUAAUGCAGUUUAAUACUGAUUCUGUCAUAAAUAUCAGUACAGCAUGCACAAUGUAUUUUUCUAUUUACUGAACUGAUUAAAAACUAAAAAUUAAAAACUCUAAAACUCACAACUGGCCAAGUUCAACAUGCAUACUCAAUUGUUAAGUGCAUGGAACAAUCGAAUAAUACAUGACUGCCUUCUUUAAGGGUUAUUUAGCCCACAUGUUCAUAUAUUCAAAUUUUUUUUUUUUAAUGAUCACAGAUGUCUGGACAAAAAUGCAAAAGUCCCUUGCGGCAAAUUUACUGAAAUAUUUUACUUUAUUUAUGAUUUACUAUUUAUUUUGUCAAAAAGAAAAAUCAAGAUUAAUGUGAUAUCAACAUAAUAAAUCAGCCACCUGCUGAUCUGCUUCCUCAAAAUCAACAUCUGCCAUUAGAAAACAGUAUUGUCAAACCACUAGUCUGUGAUGAAUAAUGCGUCCGUUGAUGGUCAAUGAUCCAUGAGUACAGACACACACUUUCAUGCAUGUGUCUGCUGGAUCGUAUAGAAUGUAAUUCAUAUGAGUAUACAGUAUAUAAACCUAUGACAGUAUUUAUUAGCUCUGCAUGUCCUGAACCAGCUGUUUGUGUCAUCAUUAGAAGAUUUAAUGUUUUCAGUUGCAGUUUCUUUGUCUCUCCUGUCAGCAAACAGUCUUUUCGCGUGUCUGCUCUUAUUAUAAGACAUAACAAUGACGUGAUCUGCUUCUAAAAGGUGUCUGCAGUGAAAAACAGCAGAUAGAAAAGCCUGGAUCUGCCUCCACUCAUCUCUUUUCCUUAUCAUAACAAUAACAAUAAAACCAUUAUGCGGGCACAGCUCAGCAGCAGUCUAAGCAUUUUUCUCUUUUGACGGUUGGCAGAGUAAAUGCUGAUAGUUACACCAGCACACAGGUAUGAAGGAGUGGCUCAGAUCCACCUGUCUUGCCCUCCCAGCCCCACCUGUUGCAGAAAGGGAAGAGGAGGGGGGUACUGGAAAGAGAGGUGCGCCGCCUCAAACCUGCAUAGAGCAGCUCGAUGUCAGUAAAACACAGACUCAGCAUUGUGCGUUUCACCUGGUAUUGAGAGAGGAGUCAGUGAUUUCUACACAGGUAGGAUUUUUUUUAUUAAUUUGAUCUGUAAGAAAACAUGACAGUGUGAGCUGAAGUCAGAUUUAUGUUGUGAAGCUUAAAACAGUGGAUCUAGUCUUGGGUCUGUGAAGGACGAGUUAAAAAAAAGACAAGAUUUUUUUUUUUACUUUCACUUAAAUGGUCUUAAAAGCCACACAGUUUUAAAUGUAAUGUGAAUGUAAAUUUUUCACAUGCCUCUGAAAUCCAGCUGGAAUUUACUCUGUUCUUUCCCUCUUUUUGUCUGGCUUUUUCUGUUGUUUCUGGGAAUUUACUUUCAUAUUCUGUAUAUAUUUUAAUUUACAACUUCAAACUUUUGCAGAAGCAACCGGUAUUGUUUUGGUGUAAGAUACAAAAGUUCAUGAAAAAGACAAACAACAGACGGCAAUGAUUAAAUGAGUGGUGACCAAAGAAUGUGGCACUGUGGAAAACAUGUGUGAACUUGUCAUUGAACACUGAAUGACAUUAUUCUCAGCUGACUUUAGUUUUACUUUUUGCAUGUCAACUCAAUGGAAAUGGGCAUAUAGUCAAAUCCAGGAGGCCUGGUUCAAGAGAAAGAGAGAGAUUUAUGUGUAAUGGGUCAUCAGAGUCCAGGACUUCAUCCAACAUACUGGUGAAAAAGAUUUUACUGUGUUACUUCAAAACUGCAUGCAACAAGGGAGAAAAUUGAUUGUUUAAAAUAUUUUAUCAUGAGACAUAGUACAGGGUUUGAUUUGCAUUAUUUGGUUAUAGAAUCUGAAUACCCCCAUCAUGCAACAUAACAAGACACUUUGAUAUUAAUUAUCUUUUGAUACCUAGGUACAUAAUGUGGCAAAAAAUACAAUUUCAUGCAAAUAAUCAUUUGUUAUCUUUGUAGAACACAAAAUGCUUUAUUUUAAUAUACUAAUAGCGUUACUGUUAUUCCCUAGAAGUCAGCAGACAGAUACAGCAUGAUGUGCAUUAUGUUAUUUCAUUGUACAUUUUUAACAGCAAAAUAAUAUAGUUUAAUGUACAUUAUCUUGGACUUUACUCUAUUACCCCAUCAUGUAGCACAAUGAAACAGUAUGAAGUUUAUUGUCUUUUGAUAAUAACUACAGUAUAAUGUACAUUGUAUUGAGUUUUACUGCCAAUCCCUAGAAUGUAGCAGACAUAUUCAGUCUGCAUUAUCUUUGAUAUUUCAGUACAUAAGGCAGCAACAGAUUCAGUUUGUUGUUAGUUAUUAUUUUAUUGUUCAGGACUAUACUUUAAUUUCCCAUAAUGAAGCACAUAAGAACAGUAUGAUGUACAUUUUCAUAUUGCUAUCUCUGAACAGCAGACAACAGAUAUGGUAUGACAUACAUUGUCAAUAAUUGCCCUGUAUUUUUUUACUGAAAUCCAGCGCACAGAAAUAGUAUUAUGUUCUUUAUCUUUACAGGAUGCAGCAGACAGAGUUUUACACACAUUAUCUUCAGUUCUCCCUUAAAUCUUUGAAAUGUCGCAGAUACAGUAUGAUACUGUACUUGAGUUACACUACAGGCCAAAAGUUUGGAAGCAAGGCCAUUACAGGCCGAACAGUUGGGAGUAACUUCAAGUUUUUGUUCACAAUGCUUUUUUAAAAUCCAGCAUGAGUUUUAUGUACAGUAUUUCGGGAUGUAUUUACUCCAUGAUCAGAUGUUGCUUUCAUGGAAAUGCACCAUUUUACUCCAUUUACCUUUAGAUAUACAUUGAUGUUAACAGACCAUUGCUAAAUAUAUGUCAGCAAAAGAUAAUUAGGGCUUAGUUUUAGGGUUGAAAACAUUUGUAAGAGUCACAACUUAAGUGCAAAAGCAAAAAAACAAAUCACAGUUGGAUUAUUCACUUCAACUUUUUGGCUUUUGAGAGUCUGCAUACAAAAAUCGUAAUAAAUCUCAACUGCAUUCAAACUAACACAAAAAUGGCUAGAAAGAAGCAACUGAGUAAAGAAACAGAAGUACAUAUUUGUACAUUGAGGAAAGAAGGAUACACAGAAAGAGGAAUUUCAAAACACCUAAAGGUGUUUAACAAAGGAGUUCACUACACUCUGAAGAGACUAUAGGAACCUGGAAGUUAUGAUGAUAGAAAAAGACCUCGACGAAAGAGAUUUACUACAAAAGCAGAGGAUAAACAUAGCAUUGUCACCAAUAAGAGAGAUCGGCAAAAAAGACAGCACCAAAAAUAAGGAAGGAAAUCAACAUGACAAGGUCAAAACCCAUAUCUCUGACAACCGUGAAAUGACGUUUGAGAAAGGCUGGUCUGAAGGGUUGUGUAUCUGCAAAAAAACACUACUUCAUCCACAGAACAAGAUAAAGAGAUACGAGUGUGCAAAAGCUCACAAAAAUUGGACUUAUGAUGACUAGAAACAAGUUUGCACUGUUUGGUUCAAAACGCAGAGUCUAUGUCUGCAGAGAAACUGGUGAACGUCUGAAAGCACCAUGUUUUACACCCACAAUUCAGCAUGGAGGUGGUAGUUCCAUGGUAUGGGGAUGUUUUGCAGGUGAUAGAGUAGAAGUUUUGUUUGAAGUAAAGGGUAUUAUGAAGAAAGAACAGUACCACUCCAUCCUCCAGCACCAUGCUGCUCCAUCUGGACUCAGACUUGUGGCUCAUAAGUUUGUUUUGCAGCAAGACAAUGACCCUAAGCACUCUGCCAAGCUCUGUCAGGGUUACCUAGACAAAAAAGAAGAGGAAGGUGUUCUUCAAAAGAUGGUUUGGCCCCCUCAGUCUCCAGACCUUUCUCAGUUGGGCUUAUGCGGGAUGAAUUGGAUCGAUCGGUCAGAAAAACGCAUCCCACGAAUCAGCAGUCUCUUUUUGAUGAACUUAUACCUUACCUUACCAUACCUUAAAAAAACUUGUGGAACGAAUGCCUGGUAUAUGCCAAGCUGUUGUUAAAGCCAGAGGAGGUUACUUUAAAGAAAGCAAAGUCUAAGCAACAAUAACUCAAAUACCUAAUAAUUACAGUCAAAAUGUCCUCUGAUAAGUUACUCUUUACACAAUAGUCAUGUUUAUUGUGUUGCAAAUUCUAUAUAUGAAACUAUGAUCUUUUUUUGUACGAAUCCGAUCUUGCUUCCAAACUUUUGGCCUGUAGUGUACAUGUGUGCAGAAUGAUGCAGAAAGACACAGUAUGGUGUUCAUUAUCUGUAGCCAUGUCCUCAUAGUAUUCACCAAAUACAUCUAGUAUUGUGUGUGUUCUCUGGAGCUGUAAAUUAUCACUGAAUGUAUUAGCAGGUGUUAUAUGAUGUGUCUAUGGGGUCUUUGCAGUCUUGACCUGGAUUUAUUAUUUGUCCCACAGUGAUAAUCUUUUUAAGGUAAUGUAUACAUCAGGCUACACCCACUGAUUCAUCAUGAAAAACACGUACGGACAUGUGAAUGUUUAAAACCCUGCUGCUGAAUAAACUAUUUACAUGAUGGUGGGUGAGGAGGGGGGGAAGUUUGGGGGAGAAGGAGGUGCAGAGGGGGAGUCACAUCUGGAGGUGAUUAUUUUUUCUCCUCAGAAGAGGAGGGUUAGUUCAGCUGUCAUACUGAUCGUCUGACUCACACUCAGACCUUCUGUCCUGUCCCCCAAUACUUACUGUGUGUGUUAUGAUGUCCCAUCAGUAAGUUUCCGUCAUACAUGAGGAGAAUGAGAUCUGUUCAGUGUUUUAAUUAAGCGUCUCUCCCUAACAAUGAAGCAGAGACACAGGAACACUGUGGAGGAUCAGCUGAUCACAGCAGGAGACACAAACCACAGAAAACCUGAACCUCAGACCAACAAAGAGCAGCAAAUUCUGCAGUUGCACUGAUGUUAGCUUCAGGUCAACUGUUUGACUCAAAUAAAAUAUGUAACAGCUUGACCAUUAAGAUUUUUCCCUCUGCAGAAUCCAAAACACAAGGAAAAACAGAUCCCUCUGAUCCUGAUCUUAGACACUGAUCAGACUGUAACUGCAUCGUGUGAAAGUUCACAAAGCAGAUCAUCAUCAAAAACAGCUUGAUACAUUAUCUCGCUCCUCUCUUCUGCAGAGCUUCCAACUCAGCCACAUCAAAAAGAACCAGAAAACCUUCAGGAUCUGCUCAUACGCCAGGACCAGGAGUUGGGCAACAUCCCACCAGACCCAGAUUGACCACAUCAUCCAACCACCCCCACCCAGGACAACUUCAUCAUCACUACCAACAUCACUAAGCCCCGCCUCUGCCUCCAAGUGCUGCCCCUGUUGUAAUAUCACAACAUGAGCAGCUCCUGACGCCCCCUACAGGCAGAGAGCAGCGUGCGCAGCCACACAGGUAGGUAUGGUGAUUUGAUCAAUGUAUUGACAUGUAUGCAAACAAGUUGUGUGUGUGUGUGUGUGUGUGUGUCUGUGGGUGUGUGUGUGUGUGUGUCAGUUGGUAUGAUUGGCUGGUUUGUUGUUUGUUACUUUUCCUAUCAGUACCAAACUUCUACUGUUCCAAAAGUAAGAGGAAAUCUCCAUUACAUGAUAAAUUGUCUUGCAUAUUAUUGGUUGAUUUGUCUGUGAUGUCAUAUUAAUGAUCUCUUUGCUCACUGUGGGUCUCUGCAAAAAAAGGUUUCCUCUCAUGUGACCUAUAAAGGAACCUCAUAGACUAAAAGACCUGCAGUACAUUAACAUAAGGACUGUUGAGUUGAUAGAUGUAUUAUUUCAUCAGUAAAAUGAAUUCUGACAGGGCGCGUGAAGUAUCUCUGGAAUUAUGGAGAACGGACUUGACUCAUAUUGACUUGCCUCAUUCUGACUUGACUGGACCCCCACAUGCUGGGGACUGGGCUGGGUUUAUGCUGACUGGACUAGAUACAAAGACACAAGACCAAACUUAGACAGCUUGGACUGGAUUCAAAUAGACUGGACAUCAACAGAUUUUACUGUUUGAAUAGGCUGGACUGGAGUGGAUUGGAUUCAAAGACUGCACUCAAUCCUGAGGGACUGGCCUUGGUUCUAAGACUCCACUGUAUUAUCAGAGACUUCACUGAAUCCUUUAAGACUGGACUAAAUCAACAAGGAUUGACCUAGGUUUACAUAGACUGAACAGUUUUCAUUGAGACUGGACUGUCUUUUAAUGUACUGGACUGGAUUUUCAUAAAUGAUGAAGAAUGGACUGGAAUCAUGGAGAGUUUGUUGAUUUGUAGGGAAUUGACUUUAUCAUUACAGCUUGGACUUGACUUAAAAAUUGGACUGGAAUCAUACCAAGUUGACUGGAUUGAACUAGGCUGGACUUUAUGUGGACUGUACUAGUUAUACAAACUGGGCUGGAUUUAUAGAGACUUGACUGGAGUCAUACAGGUGGACUAGAUUUGAAAGUAGGGCUGGAAACUUGGAAGAUGGACUGGAAUUAUACAGACUGGAUUAGAUUGAGAUUGAUUGGAUUUAGUUAAUUGAAAAGGGACUGGAUUCACUGAAAGUUGACUGGAUCCCUAGACACUGGACUGGAUUCAUUGGGGUCGAUAGCCUUUACCUCCAAAGUAUUAGUCCUGAAUUCUGUAGAUUACAAGAAAGAAAAAUAAUGUGAAAAAAAAAACAGGAUAAAUCUGCAUGUGAACUCAGUGUUUUUUACCUGUCAGUCCCCCUCUCUCAGCUGUCCUUUCCUCUGUUGUCUGCUGACCUCUGAUCCCUCCUGGUCCUGCUGAUUUGGGGUCAGAGGUCAGCUGAGUUGGUGUUAAACUGCUGUAAAAGCGGUAAAAGUAUGGUGGAGGAAGUUUGGACUGGGUGGAGGAAACACACAGAAACAUGUAGUUGAAACUGUGAAGAUGAAAUCACAGAAAAGUACUAUCCCCACAGUCACGGUGAUCGUUAUCUAUGUGUAUCACACACUCUGCCAAAGACAGACCAAUAGCUGUGGAAGCAGUGAUGCAGAUUUAGUUAAAUAUUGCAAGUUCAGGUGUGUACUGUCUGAGUAUUAUUGCAGCAAACACUUACAUCUCCAUUUCUGUGCCUUCAGUGUAUUUCCCUUCAGUCUAAGUUUAUCCCUCUCAGCUUAUUAUCUCUGUGUGUGAUAUUUAGUGUCUCUGUGAACUGUUUUCACUGUUAGUCAGUCACACUUAAGCAGCAUAAUUUCUAUAUUUUACAAAGUAACUUGGAGGAGUUUGGAUAGUCUUGUCUUGGAGUGAUCACAGACAUGAGAGGUGAUGACACAGAGAAAUAUCCCUCCCAUUUCCCCACUAGCAGACAAACAGCAGGUCAGCUUCAUCUGUCUAAAGAUGUCUUGCCUUGAAUUCUCUUAAGAAAACCAGAUUUGUUUCCUGUGAGUGUGUUUCCUCUUCCAUGGCCAUCUGCCUCCUUUCAUACUUUGUUCUGUAUCGUCUCUUCAGCUGGAAGAGACGUGACUUGUUGUUGACCAAAGCUAACAUUGUUUCUCUUGUCCCAUGAUUUUAUUUACCUGCAGAUGUUUCGGAAAAAAGCAUCUUCCUCGUUGAGAAUGAGAAGGAUAACAGAAAGCGCUAGAUGUAAUAAUUUAUUUCUUUACUCUGUAGACAGAGGUGUUCAGUGUAACAGUUAACAUUCAGUGUUGUCAGAAGAAAACAUGCUGAUACAUAUACAUAUAAAUCCUAUAAUAAUAGGGGUUAUGCUUCUCCUGCAGAACAGGUAAAAGUUUAUCGUCUAUUCAGUCAUGUUAAUGAACAGCUCAAACCUUUGUCAGUUCAAAUUUCCCAAGUUUGACUUACUAGGAAGAAAUAACAGUCCAGCAGACACUGCAGCUGGUUUUCUUCUGACAGCUUUGGAUGUUAAACUGAAUACACAAGCUCCUGUUUCUUCCUCUGUGUGAAAACUUGAAAUCACUGGGUUUGAAGUCUUUCUAAUUGUUACCAUUUUGUGAUGUUUUUUUUUUUUUACAUAGCCACAGUCAGAGGGUUAUAGUCUCUCAUACUUUCAUUAAAUAACCUUCCUCCUGCUGUAUGGUCGGUGUUGAGGGGUCGAAUGGAGUCGCUGUGAUCCUGUGUGAUUAUCAUGAAAUGAUCCUUGUCCUGAUCGUAAUCUGACAGCAGAGUUUGUGACUGAUGUGGUGUGGUACAGUUGGUGAGAAACAUCAUAGAGACCAAAGACUGAUCCCAGAUAACUUCAGGUUUGAUUAAGCUUUUAACCUAUUGUCAUUUAGGCACAUAUAAACAUAAAAACAGAUACCAAUAAGAGACAGAUUGAGCAGUAAUCUAGAUUCUGUGCACAGAGCUCUAAAUAAAGGGAUCUAAAUAAGGUGUGUACGUGUAUCAAGCAUUAAAUCUGAAUAAAAGCUUUCUGAGCAGAGCUGUCCAGUCAGUCUACUCUGCUGGAAAAUCAAUUUAAAAGUUAACCACAAAACCAUCAGACAUGUCAAAUCACUCUUAUUUUGUCAGCUAAGGAUGAGUUUUUUGUAACGUUUGUAUUUCAAGCCAUUCUGACAGGAACAAAUGCAGCAAUAAAAACUAGGGAUGGGAGAAAAAAUCGAUACAGCAUAGUAUCAGGAUAUUUUGUCUGGUGAUAUAUUGUCUCAUUUACCAAGUAUCGGUUUUUAAAAUUAAUUGCUAAUGUGAAGUCAAAUCUAUGAUAAUAGAAGAAUAAAAUCAACUGUUUGUCCAGUGAGGUUGGCAGAGGUGACAUCAUAGGGCAGGAGAAAGUUAGUACAACAAAUAUACAUAAGGUUUGCAAGAUGUGCUACAUGAAAAUAAAAUACAGCGUAAAUAAUCAUCAAAAAGGAAAGCCAAAUUAGCUAAACUGUUGAAAAAAUUAUAUAAAUCACAAUAUAUUGUAUCCCAAUACUCACUGUAUUGCAAAAUGUUAAAAAUCGCAAUAAUAUCGUAUCAUCGCUUAAGUAUCGUGAUAAUAUCAUAUCGUAGGGCCACUAGUGAUUCCCACCCCUAAUAAAUAACAUCACAUUAUGUGGAGCUGGCAUGCUCAGAAGGACUAGUUUUACUACAGCAAGUAAAAACAGAUCAGAGCAAGUGUUGGCUCAGCUAUCGAUCCAAAAUACAAUCAACUUAAUCCCUCUAAAACUGGAUCAGACCAGAUUUUUUUCUGCUUGAGGUGUCUACAUGGUGUGUUUUUUAAAUCUGAUCAAGCUAUCCAUGUAAUUAUUAUAAUGUAAACAUAGGAACUGCUUCAUCCAGGGCCAAAUGUCACAGAGGUGGUUUUGAGACUGUUAAGAUCUGUGGAUUCUUGUUUGAUAUGGCCAAAUCAUAUGCCCAUCGAGAACCAAAAUGGUCUUUGAGGAAAGACUUUAGGAACAUCCAACAACGUUACAUUAUAUGUAUUUAAGUAGAAAUCAGCAUGUUAGGUUUCCUUUAAGAGUUUAAAGUCUAUGCUUGCCUCUGAAAUCUGGUGGUGUGAAGUAAGCAAGUACUUAACUUUUAGCUACAUGCAGGCUAACGUUAUCGGGCGACAAAGUUCAUUAGUCAGGCGUUUUGUGUGGUGGGACAGGGAACUGUACGGUCAGUUAUUAGAGAAAUGGUUAACCAAAUACUAAAUGCCAGCCACAGUAAUGGACCCCCAAAUGAGAUCUUCCGACACUGUAUCCACCACUCAGUCUGCAGACCUCAGCGGCUAACAAUGCUAACCUGCUCCUGUAGUAGCAUUAGAGUGAACAUUACUAAAGUCUAAGACUCCAUGUUUGGUCAUCACACAGACAUCACAGUCUCAUAUCUUUGUUUGAUACCCUCUGACAGUCUAUUCAAUCAUGCACUUCUGCAUCUUCCUGGGCUUUGGGGGGUCCAUGGGGGUGGGCAGGGGAGCAUAGAGGUAUGGGAGACCCUCCUGUCUCUGUGUCUGUGCUCUCACCUGAUCUCAUGUUUCUGAAAUAACAUCAUGUUCUUCACUUUUGAUACAACUCUGAUCCCCUCUGACGCUCUGCCCCCCUCCUCCAUCUCCUCCUUUUUCUCCUUCUCCUCUGUAUCCACCUCCUUCUUUCUCUGCCCUACCUCCUCUUCACAGGGAGUAUUGAUCGUGGCAGGAGUUUGUCCUUCCAUGAGGUGCGCAGUCAACGGGAGGCAGAGAUGAGGGCCGCAGCAGAGGAGUCGUCCAACAGCAGCAGCAGUGUGGGAGGUGGAGGAGGAGGUGGCAGCAGCACCGUCCUCCAGCGCCUCUUGCAGGAGCAGAUGAACCGUAAUUAUGUGCUGCAACAACAACAGCAACAACAGCAACAACAACAGCAAGGAGGUGGGGGAGGAGGAGGGGGAGGAGGUGGAGGUUACUCAGGUCAGGGUCAGGGUCAGGUCAGCCUCCCUGAUGAUCACUCCAUGACUCCCCAUAUUGCCCGGCAGGAGCCCCAGGGACAGGAGCUGCAGACGGAUAGUGGUGUGGAGAAGCUGGGCUCCACCAGAGGAGGUGGUGGGAGCAGUGGAGGGGGAGGAGGUUUGGGGACUGGAGGAGGCAGCAGUGGAGGAGGUGGGGUUCAAGGGCAGUGUCUUAACCCUGAGGACCUCCCUACAUAUGAGGAGGCCAAAGUUCAGUCUCAGUAUUUCCGUGGUCAUGGUCCUCCACCUCCUCAGCCUCCACAGCAGAACAACCCCCCUCAGCAACCUCCCCAUCCCACCUCAGUGGGCGCCGCCUUCUACGUCACCGGUGUGACCAAUGCCAAGGUGCGUACUGAGGGUCGCCCCACGGUGCAGCGAGUCAGUGGAGCGGGUAAGGUGCACCAGGACGACGGGCUGAAGGAUCUCAAGCAGGGACAUGUGCGCUCUCUUAGUGAGCGUCUGAUGCAGCUCUCCCUCGCCACAAGUGGUGUUAAAGCUCAUGCCCCUGUCACCAGCGCCCCACUCUCCCCUCUGCUGCCUCCCCCUGGGCCGCCAGGCGACUACUACAAGCCACAACAUCGAGGUCCACCUCCGGACUACCCCUUUAAAGGAAUGAGCUCACCCUCCAAACAACAGGACUCUGGGGGCCAUUUUUACCAGGAGCAGAGAGGGAGGGAGCACUCAAGGGAGGUGCCUCAUGUCCGGUACCAGCCCCCACCUGAAUACGGCUCCUUCAGGUGAGCCUCCACUCAAACACAACCAUAUGAAAUAAAUUCAUGUGGUAUGUGCUGAGUAAGAGAAUCUUCUAAAGAGGUCAGAUUGGAGCUGUUGGUGUUUCUUUGAACAUAGUCUCAUGUAUUAACAACAGUAAAAGUCCCUUGAAAAGAAUAAGUACUUUCCAAGGCUUCAAAUGACUCCAUUGUUCCUCCUCAAAAGAUUUAAACAAGCCCAUUUCUUGACUGAGCUUAAAAAAAAAAAACUGAAUCCUGGUAAUUGUGAAUCAGGGGUGGAAAUCUGGGUUUUUCUGUACACUGGGAGGACAUCCAGAGGGCACGUUGUUAAGGAAAUCAGCUGAAAGGGCAUUCAGAGAGCCCUUUGACCUACUUAUCUUUAUCUGCUGAAAGGGCAUUUAGGGAUUUCUUUUUUUUUUUUAUUUAGUUCACUGAGACAUUUCUUCAACUGGUUGGACCUAUAGGGUGACUUGUACUGAAUUUUUAUUGACUGGUUGGAGAUUUUGAGGAUAUGUCUUUUUUUUCACCAGCUUGAAAGGCAUCCAGAGGCUCUUUAUAACUCUAUUUAGUGGAGGGCAUCCAGAGGUCAUUUUUGUGUUCAAUUCACUAGAAGGGCAUCCAGACUGCAAUUUUUGACAUUAUACUCUCUGGAAAGGCACCCAAAGCAUCCUUUUCUUGGUCGCAUUCAUAGGAAGGGGAUCCAGGGGCCCUUUGUUUGAUGUUUGAUCUGCCGAAAAGGCAUAGAGCAGGAACUUUUAAUGCUUUUCCCUGAAAGGGAUCCAGGAUCACAUUUUUAUAUAUGAUCCAUUGAGGAGUCCUCCAGGGGGGGAUUUUUUUACAUUUUCAUAGACAGGUAGUGGAGUGAGAGCUUACGCCAUCACUUGGAAAGGCAUCCAGAGGACACUUCAUUGCUUUUAUGGCACACAGCCAGAGCAGAUUUUAACACAUUUCUCUCUAGAAAGGCAUCCAAAUGGUGCAUUGUUUAAAGGAAUGCUAAAGAACUCAUUCUGGUUUUCUGACAGUGUUUUGGUAAAUGAUGAUGAUGAUGAUGGUGUGGAUCCUGUUGGACCUGUUUUAACCUCUUUACCUGGAAAGAACCAGAUUCACACAGACUUGAAUACCACAGCAUUAAAAUCAUCAGGCAGGACAUGUCGGGACUCGACCUGCUCGGCUCUGAUGACGUUUUCUUUUUUCUAGGAUAAAGGCAGGAAUGUUAGCUCCCAACAGAGCAGGUUUACAGAGAGUGUUUUCCCACAUCACAAAGAACCAGACACAGGCAGUCAGACAGGUGAAUCAGUCAGACAGGUGAAUCAAACAAAACAGAGGUUCACAGGUAAUUAAAAAACGUAGGCACUCUUUCGAUCAAGUUUUAUGGGAGGAGCUUUGAUUGCUUGAUCUUGUAUGCAAAUACAGUGUGCGUUGGUAUUUUUACUUUUUUGUUAAGUAAUUUCUAUGAGUUUCACACCAGUUAGCAAAAACCCCAGGGAUUAUUUUAGCUCUUAGAGAAGAGCUGAAAGAGAAAAAACACUCUGUUCAUUGCUGUUGAUUUUUUAUGGACCUCUGAGUGCCUGAGGAGCUGAGACUGAGAAAAAGUGGGUCGUAUUCUGAUCAAUACAUUGGCAGUUCUGUCCUUGGUAUCUGUGGAACCUCAAGAAAGACACUGUGCCCAUGAUGUCUCUGAAGGCAGAGCAGUCAGUGUGUGUAAGAUUACUACUGAGAGGCAGACUGACACUGAGGGGUUAUCCUGACCCGGUAUUAUCAUGUAUCCUGGAUGAUCUGAUCAAAAGUUAAGUGCUUUAAGUUCUUAUGAGGGUCCACACUUUGUAUUGUUAUGUUUCCCAUGCAUCUCCAGUGAUCACCUGUGAUCAGAUACCACCAUCAUGCUCUGUAUGUACAUAACAAACUGAGCCCCAUUCACCUUCAUAUGACUCUAAAUCACUUCAAACUACAACAAAGCGGCCAUGCAGGGGGGAGGGAGAGUUACAAAGGAGUAUUGAAUCACGCGCCCCACCUCCAUAUGCAGACAGGAUGAUGGGAUGUUGACACAGUGAGGUGUGUUUAUGCCAGCAGUUACGACUGUCUGCAUGUAAUUCAGAUUGUUACCAGGUGUGAACAGCCUCUUAUAAAGAUAUAUUAUUUCUCUAAUAUUUGAACAGGUAAAUGUGAAAAGAGAACAGUCGUCAAAAAAUGAGAAAAGUGUUGUUUUGAGUGUCGAUUUACCAUUACAGUCUAUGUUAUUAUCACACAUGUAAGACUGACACACAUGAAUCUCAACUAAUGGUGUACUUUGGACCACUGGGUGCCCACUUGAUAUAUAUAUAAUAUUAUAACAUUAUAAAAUGCCCUCUAUGGGGCGCUUUCCAUAGAAGAUGCAUGAAAAGUCGCUAAAGUAGCUGCUCUUCUAAAGAAUGAAACAUGGCAGCUUGCCCUCUGGGUGCCCUUUCAGUUGAUAUCAGGUAAACAUGGUGUCCUUUCGAUGCUCUCACUGUAUAAAAAGGACGUUUAAAAAGGGUCUUAUCAAUACACUCUCAGCACAUAAAAAGUUAAAAAGGUGCUCUCUGGCUGCCUUUCCAAUGGGUAAAAUGUGAAAAAGUGCACUCUGGAUGCCCUUCCACCUCUUCAUGUUGCAUAAAUACUCUCUAAAAUGCAGAAAAUCAAGUGUUAGACGCUCAAAAUUUCCUGGGGUAAGACUCCCAGACUCCCUCUUAUUAUAUGUGCCUUAACAUGUUUCAAUGAAGUUUUGGCUGUGGGUAUCGGGGGUUUGAAAAUCUGUUUCAGUUUUGAAAUCUCCUGGCUACCAAAAUAAAAGUUUUAAAGACCUUUAUUUUUGACAGGUAGUCAGAAAUACCAAGGAGAGACAGAGAAGUAAAGAGCUCACAAAAUGGUCCUCAAAAUGCGGCUAAUAAACACCCUAAUCAAACGCUACUUUGCAGGGGCUGAUUGACUCAAACAUAAGAGGGUUUUGUUUUCACUUGAAAUGCAUGUGAAAGACAGGGGAUUGUCAGGUAUCUGCUGUAAAUUACAUAUUACUGUUGAGUUCACUAUUUCAGCUGUAAAAGUAGAAUAAUGGAAAGCAACUUACUAUAAAAUCCACUUGUUAUGUGAGACCGACAGCUUUCAGAAGGGUAAACUCUGUGUAUUUCUGCAACAUCCAGGGGUUUUUACCCUCUCCUAGAGGAGACCAGUGUAUUUUUGUGCUUCAUUAACACAUGUGAUCAACAAUUUUUCAUUGAACAAUUUUAUUCUAAGACAUAAAAAACAGUAUUUUAUUUAUGAAAUGUUAUAAUACCCUUUAUUCAGGUAGUUAUCCCUCCUGUAAAAGUCACAUCUGUAAUAAUCACACCUGCAAGAAUGAUCACUUAUAUAUUAGUAAUACUUGUUGUGAUGAUCACAGCUGUAAUUAUCAGUCACCCCAGUGAUAAUUAUCAUGCCUGUAAUAGUCAUAUCUGAUAUAGUUAUAGCACCUGUAUUAGACCUGUAAUGAUGCCACUCUGUUCUCUGACCAGGUCCAGUAAGGAGGGGUCCCUUCACUCCCAGAGGACCCUCCACCAGCACAGCCCCACCUCCUCCGUCACCUCAGUAGGCUCCUUGUCUCGUACUCAGUCCUCCACCCUCAGCAGCAUGCUCAGUGCUUCCCAUGCCUCACACCCCUCCUUCCCGCACCAACACCCUCACAAUCAAGGGGAGCCUUACCCCCCCAUGGGACCCCGCAAUCCUCAGGCCCCUGGCCCACACCUAGCAGGAGACAGCUUCACCCUUGGGUCUAUCCACCCUCCUCAACCCAGAGGUCACGCUUUAGCUCACGACCCUUAUGGCUCCACACCCAGGAUGCACCAUCACCAGCAGCAGCAGCAGCAUCAUCAGCAGCAGCAGCAGCAGCUGCAGCAUCAUCAUCAGUACCAACAGCAGCAACAACAACAGCAGCAGCAGCAGUUCGCAGCUAACCCCCCUCCUAUGCUCCAGCCCCCAGUCCAGGCCUCACAUUUCCCCCACCCUCACUCCUACUCUAACCAGCAGGGGGAGCCUUACGCCAUGAUGGGCCGCGCUCACCAGAUGGUGGACAUGCUGACGGAGGAGAACAGGAUGCUGAGGCAGGAGGUGGAGGCCUGCCGUGAGAAAGUCACCAAGCUGCACAAGGUGAGGUGAACACAUGAACAUAUGAGCACAUAAACACACAUGCAAAUUAAUUCAUGGGGAGUACAUCAGGAAAUAACAGGUACAUUAACACUUUAACACGAGUCAAUGAACACCAAUGCUGUACAUGAACACUUGAGCACAUGAACACAUGAACACAUGAGUACAUCGACAAAUAAAAACAUGAAUACUUAAAUGAAAGAAUGUUAUAGUGCAUGAACUCAUCAGCACGUGAAUGCAUGAACACAUGAGUCCAUCUUCAAACACAUGGAUUCAAGAGUACAUGAACACAUUAACCCAUGAGUGCAUAGACAUGAGUAAAUGGAUGAGUUGAAACACAAGUAAAUGAACAGCAACUCAUGAUUGAAUAUGCUUAACAUGAACACAUGAAAACAAAUAAAUAAGCACAAGAAUGAAUAAAUACUAGAGUGAGUACAUAAACACGUGUACAUGAACAAUAAGAAACAUGAAUGUACAUAUAGAUAACUACAUGAACAAAUGAAACUAUCAAUAGAUGAUUCUAAGAAUGCACAAGUAUAUAUGCAUGAACACACAAUCACAAGUCCAUGAAUACAUCAAUAAGUAAAUGAAAAAGUCAACAAACCAACAAAUGAUUAAAUAAAUGUGAGUGGACAUGUGAACACAUUAAUACAUAAUAAACAUACACAUGUAUAUAAAUAUUAAGACAUGAGCACAUGAAGAUGCUGCAGAAUCUAAGUGCAAGUAAAGUCUGAAUACCUGGUUUACUACAGUACAGUGCUACAUAGUGUGUACAGUAGCUACAGUGUAUUUAGUGUGUGUAGUUGCUGUAUUCAGGACAACUGCUUCCUCACCCUCCCCAAACUGUUAAAUGUGUGCCUUCAGUUUGCAAUUAUUGUACAGUAAUGAGAUGAUUUAUUAAUAUUUCCAAUGUGGUCUCUUCAUUCCUCUGUGUGUGUGUGUGUGUGAACAGCUGGAAACUGAGAUCCAGCUGGUGUCAGAGGCCUAUGAAAACCUGGCCAAGUCCUCUUCUAAGAGGGAGUCGCUGGAGAAAACCAUGAGGAACAAGCUGGAGCUGGAGGUCCGCCGUCUGCACGAUUUCAACAGGGACCUACGAGGUAAGGGAGUGGGGGGUAGGGGUUACCAGCUGUUUUCACGGGGUGUUCAGCUGAGGGUCUGUCUGGAUUAAUAUCAGACCUUGAACACAAAUCAGGUCUGGAGCAAUCAUUAUGUGUUUAUGUGAUCUUUUAAAACCCACCUCCUCUGCUACACACUGAUUCUUCCAUGCUGUUGAGAGUCAGCGUGGGAUUUCUUCUCAUCCUCUAUGGUCUGAAUUAAAGCCAGAUCCUCAUUGUGUGUGUGUUUUUUGUGUCAUCUAAAGAGCGCAUGGAGACGGCCAACAAACAGCUGGCUGCCAAAGAGUGUGACGGCUCAGAGGACAACCGCAAAACCAUCUCCCAGCUGCUGACUCAGAGUAAUAAUCACAAACGCGCGCGCACACACACACUUUAUACAUAAUAAACACACAAUAAACUAUACACAUUAUACACAUGACAUUUACGGUGCAGAUGUUAAACAUAAUGCUCAUACAUGGAAUAAAUAAAUCAAACUCAUAUAACACAUGCGCAUCAUUUACUGUGGUCAAGUGUUAAUCCUCUUCAGAUGAUUUUGUCCUCUUGCUUUUGUGUUCAUGUGUUCACUCUGUUCAUGUUUUCACUCAGAUAAGGAGACUCAGCGUGAGAAGGAGAAGCUGGAGAUGGAGCUGAGUGCUCUUCGCUCCACCACAGAGGAUCAGAGGAGACACAUUGAAAUCAGAGACCAGGCGCUCAACAACGCUCAGGCCAAAGUUGUCAAACUGGAGGAAGAGGUAGUCAUACUGGUUUUUACUGAUUAUACUGGUUUAUGUCGAUACUGGUUUUUCCUGGUAAAAACAGAUUUUCACUGUUUUAAAUGAUUUUCUUUUACUGGUUUAUUUUAUUUUCACUAAAUGUAUACAUAAUACAUACAGUACAUACAUUAUUCUUUAUAUAAACUGUAUAUGUUUAUAUGUGUGUGACAGUGCCCUGGGAAGAGAUUUCUGAAAGGAAAAAGCUUAGAUAUGCAGGAUUGGCUGCAGCGUUUAAGCUGUGUGGAUGGAAAGUUAGGGUUUUUCCAGUAGAAGUAGGAUGUGGAGGGUUUGUUGCACAAUCAACUAUCUCAUCUCUCAGAUGUGUGCUAUACAAACGAGUCUGUGGAUCUGAAUGAGAAAAAAAAGUUAGUCAAGGGCCAAAGCAACAGAAAGGAAGAAAAGUUCAACUCCCAACUCUCAUUCCCUCCUUUUUCUUCCGCCUUUCCUUAAAAUUGGGGAGAGGGGGAGAUAGAGCGUACAGUCUAACCAGGUACAGGUGUGCUCUAGCCUAAACAAGCUCUGCCUGACCAAGCCUCUCUUCAGUUUUUCUCAUGAGACUUUUUCCUCAUUUUUCCCUCUCCACUGCCAAAUCCUCCCUCAUGAAAGGGUCAUUUAUGUAUUUGUAGGACAACAGCAUUAAGACGAGGGCACAGCUAGGGGGUAGUGAGGUACUGAUCCUCUGACUUGUGUAUCCUUGUGACUUUCAACAUGUGACUUUUGUUUUUUUCAACUCAAAGAUUUGUAUUUUCUUAGAAGGUUUUCAUUGAUUUACUAACUGGUUUAUUCAAGAGGAAUCAAGGUUUACACUGUUUUGUUAGGGCUGAGCUGGUCAACUCAGUGAUUUCUGGAUUUACACUAAAUUAUUUAUUAUUUCUACUGCUUCUUUGAUUUUAUAAUGGUUAUUUUUCACACAGACAAAAGAUUAAGCAUGGUGUUAAUUUGUUAAUGGUUUUGGUGUGUGUGUGCAGCUUAAAAAGAAGCAGGUGUAUGUGGAGAAGGUGGAGAGGAUGCAACAGGCUCUGGCUCAGCUGCAGGCAGCCUGUGAGAAGAGAGAGCAGCUGGAGCAUCGCCUCCGUACCAGACUGGAGAGAGAGCUGGAGUCUCUGCGCAUGCAACAGGUAACACACACAAACUCACACAGAGGCUCACUGACAGCAUCAAACACAGUCGAGGUUUCCUGGUCUGUACAUUCAUAACUCUUUUGUCAAGAGUUUUCAAACAUGGCAUAUUUUAUAUGAUGAUGAUGAUGAUGACAUUGGUUUCAUCGCAUAACUAGAUUUGGAAGGAAAUAGAGGUGAUCUGCUUUAACAUGUUUGGUUUCAAAUUCACUCAUUUCCUCACCCUUUGCUCCUCCUCCCUGUCAUCACAGCGCCAGGGUGGCUCUCAGAACAGCGGUUCAGUCCCGUCUGAGUACAAUGCCACAGCACUUAUGGAGCAUCUGAGGGAGAAGGAGGAGCGGAUCCUUGCUCUGGAAGCCGACAUGACGAAGUGGGAGCAGAAGUACUUGGAGGAGAGCGUGAUGAGGCAGUUUGCCCUGGAUGCUGCUGCCUCUGUUGCCACCCAGAGGUAAAUGUAGAAGAAAUAGCAGACGUUUGAGUAACUCUCAGAGCCUUGAUUGUUGAGGUGUCCUGAUGCUCAGAGAAGACCUGACUGCCUUGACCUGCGGGAUCAGGUAUAAGAUAGUGCACAAAUCCACUGCUCAAAAUAAGCUCCAAGGAACUCAAAGGAAAAAAAGGCAUGUUGAUCUUUAGAAAAAUGACUAAAUUUUUGUCUGAAGUCUUUAAAUAUAUUUCUAAAUCUUUAAAAGGAAUCCCUAAUGUGGCCCCAAUACUCCAUCAUAAUUUACACAGUUUAUAUAUUUUAAAAUUUCUUUGUUAUAUCUGCACAAAGAGAUCAGUUAUGGUGUAAGCUAGACUCUUCAGGUGAUACAUUUAGGACAGGUGUAGUAAGCAUUUUUAUGGACAUCUGUGUGCUGUAACACAGAUUUAUCUCUUUCCAUCAGGGAUCGGACGGCCACUGUCAUCGCUCACUCCCCCAGCAGCAGCUACGACACAUCAGUGGAGGCUCGAAUCCAGAAAGAAGAAGAAGAAAUCCUGAUGGCUAACCGGCGCUGUCUGGACAUGGAGAGCAGGUAAUGUCACUGAGCAUGCUCAGACAUGGACACUAAAACACUGAUCUGUGAGGUCCAUCAGGAGCUUUUAUUAUGAAAGGUUCUUUUAAGAAGUGAUAGUAUAGACUGCAGCAUGUCCAUGUGUCUGUUGACUGUGUAUUUUAGUUGUUAUGAAACACGUGAGUCUCUGACGUGAGCUUUUUAAGUGAUAGUGUCAGGCUGAGCUUUUUAAAGGCAGCACACACUUGGUUCAGUUCUUGUUUUAAAGCAGUGGUUCUCAAGUCCAGUCCUCGAGGCCCACUGUCCGGCAUGUUUUGGAUGUUUCCCUGCUCCAACACACCUGAUUCAAAUGAUCAGCUCGUUAUCAAGCUCUGUAAUGGCUUAAUAACGAGCUGAUCAUUUGAAUCAGGUGUGUUGGAGCAGGGAAACAUCCAAAACAUGCAGGACAGUGGGAGCUCGAGGACUGGAUUGAGAACCACUGCUUUAAAGGAACAUUAUAUAUUUCAGCUGAUUCUAUUUCUCACACUCAUGUUGCAUGCUGUUACAACACAACAUUAGGGUAAAAAGGCCCUGGUCUAACUGUGGCUCUCUUCUGGUUCUGAUCCAGGAUCAAGAAUCUCCAUGCACAGAUCAUAGAGAAGGACGCCAUGAUUAAAGUGCUCCACCAGCGCUCCAGGAAGGAGCCCAUCAAGUCUGAUGUGCCGUCUGCAAUGAGGCCCUCAAAGUCCCUGAUGUCCAUCUCUAACACAGGCUCAGGAGGCUCAGGACUACUCUCCCACAGUCUUGGACUUAGCAGCUCCCCUAUCACAGAGGAGCGUAAAGACACAAGCUGGAAGGGCAGUCUGGGUAAGGAGGCGGAGCUAGUCAAAGCUCUGAUGAGUGACAGCAGCUUAUACCAACACUCUCUAACAUUUUCUCAAUUUUGGUUUCUCCAGGGGUUCUGCUGGGUCCAGAGUUCCGUACAGACUCUCUCAGGACUGAGUCCAUCUCCUCAUCGCCCUCCCCGGUGCUCCCCUCCACCCCAAUGACGGCAGGUCACUCAAAGACGGGCAGCAGGGACAGCUGCACGCAGACAGAGAAAGGCCAGAGCCAGGAGAGCAGUAAACCCAGCACCCCAGCCCUGCAGAGCAUGACGCUGCCUGCACGACUGUCCAGCCCCAGUCCAGUCUACAUCCCAGACCGCAUCACAGGUCAGUCUGAACCAGGGUCCACUGUGUUCCUGAGCUGCAGGGUUCAGCAUGACUGAGCCCUUUUCUUUAAAGGGAUAUUCCGGCGUACAAUUGAUUUAGGGUCAAACACACUGCAACACUGAGUUAGGCACCCCCACAUUUAUGAUCCUAAAUGUUCUUUCUUGAGCUGCUUUUGGUUGAGGUUUGUGUGUGGCUCCUCGGACCGCUGUGUAUUGAUAUCAUGCGGCCGUUACAUAAAUUGGUAUAACUAGAGAGGCAAGCAGUCGGCAGCAUUCAUCUCUCAAGGGGGUGCCUAACUUGGUGUUAUGGUGUGUUUGACCCUAAAUUAAUUUUGUGCCGUUAUAUCUCUUUAAGGUCCGGUAGAUCACAUAUGUCACAUACAAGUUCAGGUCAGGAGCCUGGGCCAGGUGUAACUCUCUCUGUGUCUCUCUCUUUCUGUCACACACAAACACACACACUAUCCAGAAGGUAUUAUGACAUCAAAUCACUCUUGAUUUUCUUUAUUUUUCACAGUUUAUUUCCAGUAUGUUUCGGAAAGUUGCUCAUAUUUGUUCUUUUGGUUGUGGAGGAAAGUCACAGCUUCUAUCUCUCCUCAAAAACACCAUGAGGUUGUUGUGUUUUCUGGACAACAGCCACAUCACAACUGUUUAUGCUCCCCACUUUAUGAGGACUGCUUUGUAAACAAAGGCCAGUGCAAGCUCAAUCAGAAUUCUGGGACUGUCUAAUAAAACCUUCCUUGAAGGUUCAGGACCAGAGGCUGUCAGUAAUAUCUUUUGGGUCAUUUAUUCCUCUACAAAGCUGUGUAAAAAAGUAGCGCCCAUAGGCUGUGUGAAAAAGCAGCAAAAAAUGAGGCAGAAGCUGAAGCCGCUGACAUGGAUUUUUGUGGACUCCAACAAAAAAUUCAAAGGAGUUUAUUUGAGCUCAAAAUCAUGCAAAACCACUGUAGACCCUCCAGACAUUCUAGACUGAUACAGUGUAAGGUGAAAAUCAGUAUUAUAACGCUCUUUUGAAUAUAUCUUAAUUCAGCUGACCACCUCAUACUGCCCACAGAGUUGUCUGUUAUUUCAACACUUAAGUUAAGAACCUUUUCCUUCCUUCUUACUGGAUAAAUCUUAUCGGUCUAAUCUACUCUAAAGUUUUACAGUAAAUAUAAGUUAAUAUACCUGCUAAAGGUUAGCCCAUGUGAUAUAGUUUGUAUAACAGUGGGUGCAGCACUCAGGGAGUUUAGAGUAACAUAAACCACGAGAUCAGAGGUCACUGUGUUUCUCUCUCUCUCUGUAGAUGUCCCAGGGUUUCACAGCAGCACCCUGGAGAGGAGGCUCCCUGUCCAGUCCCACCCCCAGCAGCAAGCCCCUCCCCCGGCAACUCCCACCCAACAGGAAGUGGAUAACGACAUGGUGGAGAUCCUCAUCUGACCCCUUGACCCCCAAAUCCCUCCCAGAUACGAAUGAUUGGACGGCAGCUCCAUCAAACAAACACACUCCCAUCAAACAUUUCUAAUGUUUACAUUGUACUCACCCUCUUUGCUUCAUCCCUUUAUUCUUCUUCUUAGCAGGAGACUGGCGCCCCCUCCUGCCUCAUCUCAGCUCUGCAGGUUUCUAAAAUGGCAGUGUUUUUACCAAGUUGUUACUGGAACUCGAAAGCACAUGAAAAGUUGACAGCAUCAUAUUUAUUUUUCUGAUGCUUCCUCAUUCAAAGUGAUGAAGAUGAAAAGACAGAUCAGAUAUGAAACAGUUAAAAAAAUCUGAUUGGACACAUAAAGUACAAAUGUAAGACUAAUGAGCGGGCUGAGCUGAUACCAAAACCUCCCAGUAUGUAUUAACAAAGAAAGCACACACACAAAUAAACAUGUCUAUAUAAACAUACAUACACACACAUGCACACACAUGCUUGUAUUAAUACACACACACACGUAUAUGAAGGUGAAGGAUUUGUGCCUGUGGUGCUGCUUUGAGGAUGCAUUGUCUCUGACUGCAGCACUAUUUUAACACACGAACAUGUGAGCUUGGUUCAGCAUGUACAGCAUCUGUUUGUAGUUUAACCUGCAGACAGAUGAGGAUGUGAUGACAAUUAUGAUGAUGACAAUGAUGACGAUGAUGAUGAUGAUGAUGAUUUAAAGUUGUCUGUAUUUGAGGUUGUGAGAGGAACAGAGCAGCUGAGAUAAUCAUCAGUGUUUCUUAACGCUGCUCAGCUUCAUCGGACCAAAUGUAUCCGCCGUCUCUCUGUUGCAUUAAUUGCACUAAUAAUGUUUUAUUAAUAAUGUAAUAAUGUAAUUUCUUCGUAUCAUGUAACUUUAUAUUCAUUCUUGUAUUUAAGUGUAUUUGUGACAGUAGUCAGACAUGGCACUAACUGUGUAAUAAUGUUUUGACGUUGUGUCUGUGCUGUAAAGUCCUGUGUUACUCUGCCUUACAUUUCCAUCUCUUAAGACCAGUGAUUUAGGCCGUUACUUUUUCAUCAUUUUAAUCCAGGGUUCAACUUUAGGUCCAGUUUGGUACUGAAACAAUCAUUUUUAGUGCUAGCACUUCAUACUGGGAACCUUUGUGGUACAUUGACUUCAGGUAGAAACUCUCCCCUUUGCAGUCCUUAUUUUUUAGUCCACCCCACUCUGCAUAUCAGGAAGAAAUAUAUGCCCUGCUCCUGUACGCUGUACCGUUUGCAUAUUAACACAAACACACAUAAUUACAUAGAUAUAAUCAUUCAAACACUGUAAUAUAUAUUCAGUUACACAGACUUAACUGUACACACACUUGUAAUCAUGCAUACAUUAUCUUAUGUACAUCAUUAUAAACAUAUUAUAGUACACACAUAACUACUCUCACAGUAUUAGAAACAUUACACACAUAAACUCAGCUCAUAGUACUAGAAACACAUCAUAAAUACAUUAUCAUUACUAAGUGAACAUCAUUACACAUAAUUGUGGAUACGCAUAAACUUUACACACAUUGUCAUUAUUUGUAUACUUUUACAAACACAUAACCAUAGACACAUCUUCAUACAUACAUACAUUACCACGGCAACAUAUUAAUACACAUUAGAACACACACAUUAUCAUUCACAUUUAUGCACACUCAUAGGUAAACACACUACUGUAUGCACAUUUGCUCUUCUACACACUCUAUUAUUCAAACAUAACACACUGUUAUUCAUACAUUACCAUACACACCUUACUAUGACCACAUUUCAUAACACUUCAUAACACUAUUUCGCAUACAUUACCACUAACUGAUUUUCGAUACAAAUUACAAAAAAAAUUGUAAUGCACACAUAAACAUUCAUGCAUUACCUUGCAUCACAUCACUGCACACACAUGCCACACAACAAACAAAACUUAAAUUAAUCUGGCCAUACACACAUUAUCAUGGACAUAUUUUCCUUUUUCUAAACAUUUCUCUACACCUAUAAAUAAUACACACAUUAUCGUGUACACAAUUUUAGACAUCUUAGACACUUUAUUUUAUACACAUUAUCAUUCGUACAACUUUACACACACUUAGUUAUGCACACAUGUUCAUAUAAAUAUUUCCUAAACCACAUAUUCAUUCACAUUCGUAUACACACAUUACCAUACAAACACAAUCAUAGACACAUUUCUGUGAUUACAUAUACAUACACUACUAAGUUAAUGCACAUUACCACAUUAACAUUAUUCUACACACCUUACUUUGAGCACACUGUAGACCCAGAUCAGUAUGCAUGCAGUACUAAGCACACAUUACUGUACUUACACUUCAGUCACACACCUUAUUUGGCACAUAUUACAAUCAGCUGAUUUUCAGACAUGCAUUGCCAGACACACAUAAUCUAACAUGCAUUAUUUGGCACAUAUGACUAUGCACUCAUUAGCAUACAUACAUUACUGUACACACAUAGCCAUACAGAUAAACACUUGAGUGCAUACACAUAACCAUACACAUACAGAUGUUUAUACACACAUUGCUUAAACAUAAGUACACACUUAUCAACAUGCAUUGAUGUUUUCAUAAACGCAUUUCUUAAACUACAUUACCAUGCACACAUUAAACCAUGCUCAUUAUCAUAUAAUUUGCAUUGUAAGGCUUGUAUUAACUGAUAUACAUUAUCACACACACCUUACUGUAUAAACAUUUCACAUGUUGUUCAGAAACACAAUAGGCCACAUUUUACUAAGCAUUCUUAUCCUCUGCUGCUGAAGAUUUAUAUCUAGGAUGGACCAAAUGAAAGUUUUUUUUAUCAACUUCAUCAGAAUUUCAAGAAAAAUCUGCACCAUGGUCCACAGCUGAUGAUUGAACACAAUAGUCAAAGAUCAGUGUGUUGGGAUACAUUUUUUGUUUUUCCAACAGGAAGGAAUUCAGUGAUACACCUGGACACAGUAGAUAGUGUUUCAUUCAGAGAUCACUCUGAGGAGACAUCUUCAUUUUGGCAAACACUAAGAUAUUUUAAUAAGACUGAAAACAUUCAAGUUGCUACUUGAAGUCAAAGUGCUGCAAAAUUCACCAUGAAAUUUCCUCUUCACCCAAUCGACCUGGACAGACUGCAUGCUGUUGUACAGAGUUUGCACCAGUGCUGUCUCUUCCUGCCCUCCGUACGACAGUCUGAAUGUUCACUAAGCUGUCUGCAGGACCACACCUUAACCAGCAGUUGCUCUCAUUCAUUCAUUCUUUCUUUCAUCCAUUCAUUCAACAUUUCAGUCCUAGUGUUUAAGAAAAAGCUGGAGGGUAUUCAUCCUUCUGUCUACAUGUUUUCAUUGUAUAGAGACUGUUGAAUAGCACUCCGUGAGUUAAGUAUCUGCAGACAGGUGUUGAGGUCUGAAGCAGCCUCAGACUGUCUGGAUGUUAAAAGACUCUAAUACAACAACAGACCCAGUCUGCUGUCAGUCACCCUGUUAAGGUUCAUCACCAGGCUAACAGGUUAGCAUUACUGUACACUAUGCAUAAUGGAGUGUUGGUGAUUGACUGUGAAUGUCUUCCAUUGUUUUGAUGACCAAAGC